AUGAACACAUCGUUCGAAUAAAUAAACAAAUCUCCUUUGAAUCACUCUGUUUCCAAAUAGCUUUACUCUUUCCCUAAGGCUAAUCGAUUCAAAGAAUUCAAGGAUUCAGCAUGUCCUAAUAUUUACUCACUCCCAAGCAUGAUGAGCAAACGUGGAGCAGGAAUCGGAUACGGAUAAAAGUCAGAUUUGAUCUAAGAAAGCAUUACACCAGGCCCAAAUAACUAUUAAAUUAAGACUACACUCAACGCAAGCAAUGGUUGGACCAUGCCUGUAGGCAGAGAUAAAAGCAAUAAAUACGAUGGUAUCUUUCUUGGUUUAAUCCAAAAAACCCCGGGACCAGGAUAAUAUGAGUUCCAAGAAUCUAAAUCUCCCAUUAAAUAUACAAUGAGAAUGAGAACUGAGAGUCAAAAGGACAAAGAUAGAAAACCUGGACCUGGACAGUACAAUUUGCCUGAGGCUUUAAAUGAAAAUGGAAAAUAUAAAAUUAGCAAGUUUAGAGAUUCUGGUGCAAUCAUUCUCUCUCCACCUAAGGCCAAAAGCACUCGUUUCUCUCCUGCUCAUGAACUAACUCCCGGGCCAGGAUAAUAUCAACAUACAGGAGACAUUGAUCCAAAAGGACUUUAUUAUUGUUCCAAAUUUGCAGAUACAAAAUCGACUGUUUUCACAAGAGCGAAAAGGGAACUAACCAAAAUAAGGGUUGAAUCUCCAGGCCCUGGGGCAUACAAAUUACCAACAGAAUUCGGUUAUUAUGAAAAACCGAUUAAAUGAAACCUAUAAAAUUAGUUAAAUUUAUUUAAUAUUUUUCUUA